AUGAAGAUCCGCCUGGUCCUCUCAUUGCUGGGUGAGUGCAACAGAUUCAACCUGAACGUCUGCAUCCAGAAGGAACAUCAUUAAAAGUUUCUCUUCUGUCAGACUGAGCUGUGUGCGUGUGUCUGCUGUCGCAUUUCGGUGCUCUCUUGGAGUCAAAGCCGUGCAGAUAUCAGUGUAUAUUUUGCUGUGGGGUUUAAGGCUGUAAAUCUAAGUCUGCUGCGCUCCUGCAGCUCAGAGUUUCAGUCAGUGUAAAUUAAAAUGAUGCACAGCAGCCAGAAUCUGAGCUGAUGGAGAUAAUUCAGACAGAGCUCCCAAACUGUGGUGUCGGCUGUUUCAUCCCUGACAAACUGAAGUUAUGUCUAAAGUUGGAUCUGGGCAUGCAAGCUGCAAAAAACAAAAUCUCUGCAAAAAGAAAUAAAAAAGACAGGCACUGCUUCUUUUUCUUACACAAGAAAAGAUUUCCUCUUUUCACUUCACUCAUUUCAAGCUUGUGCUACUGAUGCACUAGAACCUGUAACCGGACUUUAUUGGAGGCUUACAGCUCCAGACUACCACAGUUAUGCACCUUUUUUUAUCAAACCCACCGAAGUAGAACUACAGCCCUGUCAGGGUCUGAAUUUCUUCUUUGAGAGGAAAUAACAAUAAAACUGGGGUUCAGUGAUUUUAUAUUGAGUCUACAAGAGUCUAUUGUGCAUACUGAAUUAUUGAAGAAAUAAAAUUCUGCUCUGUUUUCUGAACAAAUGAAGUGAAUAUCUUGCAAUUUCCAGAUUAAAAAUUUUCAGAAAAAGCAGCCUGGGUGUCGCCCAAAACCUCAACCAAAACUAAUAUUGGCCACUCAAGGAAGUGAAUAUGCAAUCCAGUUUCAUUUAAUUUCAGGUUUGAGACUCUGGGAGAUACUCCUUACAUAGACUCUUAUAGUCUAUAGUCUAGAUUAGAUUAGAUUAGAUUAGAUUAGAUUAGAUUAGAUUAGAUUAGAUUAGAUCAGAUUAGAUAAAAUCAGAUUAGACAAAACUUUAUUUAUCCUUGUGGAAGAACACUAAGGAACAUUGUGUAGAAUUCAGUGGCAUUUUAAGAAAUUGAGUGUACUAUGAAUGUAUCACGAUCAUUUCAUCUCUGAUGACUGUUGUGUGCAGAUGAAUUUAUAUGGAUAAAGUUUUUGAACUUAAAAACCUGACUAAUUAUGGAUCGGACUAAACUCUGUCACUUUUCCUAACGCAGUCACCUGCUGACCGCUGCAAACACAUGCUUAGCUUCCUAAACUGUUCUUUUCAGUCUGUGUCAUAUUUUCUUGCUCGGAUUUUUGAUGGCUUGUUUAAUGAUUUUUAAUGUUUUCCUUAGUAUGUUUAUUUUGAUCUCCGCAAAAAUUCUUUAAUGUCUCGUGUUAAACACUUUGGAUCACCUUGUUGCUAAAAUGUGCUUUAUGUGCUGUAUGCCUUGCUUUGUUGGUGUCGGCUCAAAGUACAUCAGUGAAAUUUUAACUGUUUGGCACAAAGUGCAGAUAACUUUAGAUCGUUUAAUUGGGUUGUCUGGUAGUUUUUGAGGUGAAUUUGUCAAACAAAAGCAAAGUGGUGUCAAAGAUUUUGUCAAGGCUCCAGGAGAAAGAUGCUGUGGUGGUUAAGUUACAGUUUGCAAAAAGGAACAAACGACUUCGCCUCCCAGUAUUUACUUGUUUUCAUAAUUUUCACUAAAUAUUGCGUUAUUACUCUGUCAGCAGAUCAUUUUGCAUGUUUUUGGUAAAUGGUUUUAUUGCUUCGUUUUUUGUUUUGGGAUGUGGCUCUUUUGCAUUUACUCGUUCUGAGUUCUGAUCUCACAGGAAAAAUAGAGUUAAUGUGUGCACAUUCCUGCAGUUCCCAUGAGGACGAUAAGAGUCUAAACAGUCUCAUUAAGGAAGAGGAAGCUCCCCUCACUGUCACACUGUGGUAGCACCAUGACUGUAAAAUGCAUCUCAGCAGAAUUAGAGACCUUAGAUACGUGUAGCAGACUAGAGUACAUUUGAGUGUUUUAAAUCAGCCAGCAGAGAUAAUCUUUUUCAGAAACGUGUUAUUGUUUCAGUUAUAUAAGUGAAAUCUGAGGAUCUGUUGUGCCUGCAUGUGGCGUCAGACCAUCUGAUUUGCCUGCUGUGCUUGUGUUCAUACAUGUCAGGGCUGAUUGGCAGAGCUGAGACUCCAUACACAAAUAUGACAGGGACAAGCUGUGCUGGUUAAAAAAAAAAAGACACAUACAGAGGUGUAAACAGACUGAUUGAAGUUAUUUUUCUUUGUUUCAGGUGCAUAUCUGCUACAGGUUGCUUCAUCUAAAGGUAUAAUAAACACACAAACACUCACUCACAGUUGUCUCACCUCCUCAGUUGCCCUGCUGACCUGCACUAACUCUGCCUUUAAACUCAAACGGAUCUGAAUAUGAUUAACCCUCUUAAAAACAUAUGAUUCAAUGUCCUGAAUUUGCAAAGUGCACUGAACAGUAGACAAAACCAUUGAGAGCAGUGGCUCAACUUUAAUGACUUGGUUGCAGUACUAUUACUCAUAUACUAUAUAUGUCACCAUCCCAAUCUCAACAAUCGGAUCAGAGCCAAUGUUGGCUUUUUUUAAUUGUUGUUGUUAAUAAUCAGUGAUCCAAAAUUUAUGCCGUUCAUCUCACCAAUCAUUGAUGUCAUCCAUCACUCUGCACAAUUUGGGCAUAACACCAAGGCAUCAGUUAACAUGUAAUUGAGUGUUGAGGAUUCACCUGCCCGUGUAAAGUAAAUAUAGAUAUUCAUCAUCAAUGUGGAGCUUGACCCAGGGCUUAAACUUUAAACACAAACACAUCCACAGCCAGAUUACUGCUCAUGGUAUAGCCUUCUGUAACUCCCCAGGGACAGAUGGCUGGAAAGCAAAAAUAUAAACACAGGACAGUCUGUUACAUUAGCAUCAGCAGUCUUACGGGUAAAAUGUCACUGUAGAAAUAUUUUGAACAAGAAAGUAAAAACAGUCAAACAGCCACCUGCAUAUGCAAUACCAUCGUUUAACAGGGUUAGGUGCAGAGCUGUGUUAAAUAUUACCUACUGAGGAAGGAUAAAUAUUCUCAAGGGAGUGAAAAGGCUUCAGUUUGAAUUUCUGUCUAGGUCAUAAUUGUAAAAAAACACCUGACAGGUGCUUUAAUUAAUUAAUCAUUACUACGAUUAUCCCCUGAGAAACAGUAGCAAUAGAGGGGAAAGAGAUCCCUAGUGUUUAGGGUUAUGAAGCUAUCUAAACAUUUUACUGUAUGUUUUAUAAUAUAAUGCAUAUGUUAUAUUGUAGGAUAUCCCAAGAGAAACAGGAAAAAGCUGCUUGUUUUUAAUGCUUCUUUGAUGUUUGUAUUCAUCUAUAUCAGGCAUUAGCACCCUCCUGUUACUCCUGUAAGUCAGUUUGGUGUGAAUAUCUUAAAACUUUAUCCUGAUCAGCUUGUGGUAGACUUAAGUGCUCCUCGGGCAUUGAUUAAUUGCCCUCAUUUUACAUCGAUCAAUUCCUUUUGCCAGUACAGGGGUCACCUUUUACCGUCUUUCCUCUCAGUCUUUUAAAGCUAGAAGAGGAGAGACUUUCUGCUGCUUUUGCUGAGCAAACUUGACAACCUGACUAAGGCCCGGACUACAUGUAUAUGGAUAUUUAUUUAUCAGGAUAUUUUUGUACUCCCGUCUAAAUAAAUGUAUCUGUCCACACAUGUUAGUUCUCAAAAAUAUCUGCAUCCACACGUAGCCUUCAAACUCAAUCCUAUCUGGUGCCGCUUAAAAAAAAUUCAGGAACAAAGCUACCUGAUUGGCCGAUGAAUCGUAACAGCAUGAUUCGUCAAGCAUUGUUUGCGGAAGCUACGCUAGUGCGUUGGAUCCAUGUCACGGACCAUGUGACCAAUAAAAGUAUUGGGCGCAGCAGACGCCUCUGUGAGCUGGCUGACUGGUGGAUGUAAUUGUAUAAAACAAGGUUCACUUGCAAGGCUGAAAUUAGCCCCAAAAGGGCAAAACAAACAUAAAGAAUACCCUGUAUGUCCGCCAUCGUUGUUGUUUUUCUUUUUAAUUAGCAUGCGCGAGCUGCAGUUUGACUUCUUCGAUCCGUAAAACUUCAACCACACGAAUCCACUUACACAGAUAUUUUUUUAUUUCUCCACUUGUUUUUUCAGAUUCAGAUUUAUCCGGUUUGAGUAUUCCAAACCCCCGUUUUGGUGUGGUAGGGAGGCCUAAUUGGACAUAAAUAUGUGCGGUUUGAAAUAUAUCCGCAUUCGUGUAGUUCGGGCCUAAGGCCCCAUUUAUACGUACCUGGUUAUUUUUAAAAACUGAGACAUUAACCAUCAUUAGCACCCUUUGUUUAGAUGCAAACAGAGAAUUUGCCCCUGAAAACGAUGCUUUUAAAAAACUCCAGCCAAUGUGGAGAUUUUGGAAAACUCAGUUUGCAUGUUUAUUGAGAAAAAAGGAGGUAAACAGAGAUUUAGGUAGCCGACGACAGAUUGUGCGCAGGAAAGAAGGAAGGGACAUUGUUGUUGUUGCUGCUAUGUGGGAUUCUGAUUAGCUAACAUGGGCUUGAGCUUCUCGCUACACUGCCACCCACAUGUUUGAUAUGCUCUUGACGGCAUCUAUGCAGGGUUAGUAUAAGCAAAAUCUUUUCUGAAAGCGUAGUGGUGUGCACACAGUUUUUUUUUUUUUUGGAAGUGGAGAGGGUGACAUGUCCAUUUAUGAAAAUAGCUGGGCACAUGUAAACAUAGUCUAAGGGCUCUAUUUUCAUGCUUCGCGUCAGGUCCGCUGCGCUGACAAGGCGUUCCCAAGCACAAUUUGUUAUUUUGGUGAGCGGCAUAGCCCGGCGUAAGUAUCCCCCCUCCCUAACUGAUGGAGUAUCCCUAACUCAGCUCCUCCCAGUGGCGUAAGUCGUUGCGAGGGAGGAGAGAGGGCGUAGAGUGGGUUUAACACAGCUGAGACCUGUAUUGAGCAAUAACAUCAGCUCCUCUCCUCGCCUUUCAAUCCGCCACCGGCAAGGCGUACUACAAUUUUUGUUAAGUAGUCAAAGAGAUCAAGAGAUGGCUGAAGACAGUAAUGCCACACGAUGGUGACAGAAGGCAGCCCCUCAACAAGUUUUGCUGUAAACAGCUGAGGCAUCAGUGACGUAUGCCUAUACACCGCCGGUCUACCAAAAUACCUCUAGACCAGCUGCGCUCCGCCUGCACUGAAAGCUGACCAGGUUUGAAUCGACAAGCUUUCAGCGCACUUUAUAUGCCACCGGCGAGCACGAAUAUGUCACUGCGCCAGCUGAUUCUGUCGACACCUCUCCCUGCAACGCCACCACGCCCAGCUUGGCGGAUCUCGGUGCGCCUCAGUCCACAAAAAUACCAAACUGGCUGUACACCGGGCUCUGCCAGACGAAAAUGCCACUGCGUGGGGUCCGCCACCCUCCGCUGCCUCACCGGCGGACACGAAAAUAGAGCCCUAAAGUUGCAUCUUCAAGUUUUCUCUGUCAACGUGACAUAUUGCAUGAAUGCUCUUAGGCACAGUUCAGAUUGCUUAAGAGUGAUUGCAAUCUGAAUAACUAAAGACCCUGAUGUGGUUUUGGUCUUCCUGCAGACUCUGUGAAUGUCAGCGUGUCAGUGUGGCCCACAGGGUCAAAUAUCUACCUCUAUGACAGUGUGAUGCUGCGGUGCACUGUGGACUCAAACUUCAGCUCUGACUGGAUCUACAGAUGGUUCAGGCACAUGCCGCGCACCACUCCAACUCCAAACCCCAGACACCUGGUCUCAGGUGAGAGAUACACUAUUACCGCGGUGAAGAUGGAGGAUGUUGGGAGCUACCAGUGCCAAGCAGAGCUGAAAGAGGGGAACGUCAGCGUUGUGGGGAUCCUCAGCCAGCCACUUGUUCUCACAGUGUCAGGUGAGCUGCAGCAGCUAUAACUGGAUGGAGUAUCAGGGUGAAAAAAUUUGUCAGUGUUCUGGUUCCUCUUUGUCAUGUUAUAGUCCAAGUACCAAUCCAUAAUCCGGCUUUGGUGUCUGUAGGGAAAAAAACAGCCUUUAUGGAGAGCAAAAGCAGGCAGAGCACAACCGUUAUAAUGACAGCCUGGAAUUUAGUUCUCUCUCUCUGAACAGAUAUCUGCAUGAAGGUUAGCUAACAAGCUGUUCCAGAGCCAACAUUUAGGGUCUUCACAUACUGGGCAAUAGGCGAAGCGACGCAAAUAAGCGACGUGAAAAGGUGAAUGUUUUGCCGGCAAUUUUUUUCUGUACACAGCAGGCGCAAUGCAAUUAUGCGAAUAAAAUCCGCUAAGUGAAUAAAGUUUGGCGCUUUUUCUUUUUUUUUUCUCGUAUAUACAAACACUUAGUGGACUUUGAAAAAGUUGCCCCGAGCUGGUUAUUUGGCUAGCUUAGCUUCAUAUUAUGCUAGCUAUGUUGUGUGUGUUGAUGUUAUGACAUCAACACACUCACCAAGUAAGUUGAGGUCUUUUAUUUCCUGCAGUAUAUUUUCUUUGAGGAAAGUGUCAUGGAAUAUUUUAAGGGACUUGUCCCAUAAAGCAGGGCGCUCCUGCACACUAAUGAUAAAGCGCUCUGUCAUGACGAAUGAAUGCAGACUAGGGCUGAUGCUGCCAGUAAAGUUUGGAUGUGACUUCAACAACAUACCAACAUCAUUUUGAUUGGUCAGAAGUCUGGCCGUUUGCCUUUUCGCCCCUGCAAAAUUUGACACAAAAGUGAAUAAAUACCAGUCACUUUUCACUUCCUGAAUUUUCGCUGCUGGUGUGUAAGGUCGCAUUGACUUCAAUAGGUAUAAAAAAAAAAAAAGCUAAUCAUUCGCCGUGUAAAUGCUCCAUCCAACCUCCAUUUAACAAAAAUAUUUUAAAAAUGAUGUUUUCUUCUGUUCUUGAGGACAGACCUGAAAAAGCUUGACUUUACACUCUUUAUUGAUCUGCACCAUGAUAAUAUUUGAGCAAAUCUAAGACCAUUUUAUUUAAGGAAAUCACAAAAAGUUUAGUACUACUGAGGUAAGCCAGAGUGAAGCCUCUGUGUAACUUACUGUUUACUGUAAAACUGAGCUUUGCCAUAAAUAGAUGGAUAAUAGAUGCAUAACCCUAGUAUGAACCUUCUGCAGACAUACAUUGAAGGGUUGAUUUCUGCUGAGAUUUAAACACAUCUUUGUUUCUUAGAUUGCUUACAGUGAACAGCUGCUAACGCUGCAUAGAAAUGAAAGUCCUGGCUGGAAAUCAUAAACUUUUCACGCACUUUUCAAUUAAAUUUUUUCUCUUAACUGCCCCUUGACAUCUGGUUGAGCUCAUUAACCUCUACCUGUAAACUCGAUCCCUCACUUGCCCAACUCACUGUCUGUACCAUGAGUGAUGACUGGAAUUUUAAGACUUUGUCACCUGGACUUGGGAGAAUGUUGCCUACAUCCUUUUUAUUUACUGUCUCUGUGGAUCAGAUAAAAACAAACCUGUUUGAAGAAGCACAUGAUGUUGACAUACUUUUAUGGUUUUCUCGUCUCUGCUUACUGUGCCUGCAGUUUUACAUGCUUUCAUUGUAUUGCAUCUUCUGUCUGAAUAAGGAUUUUAGUGACUGGUGUAAGUAAAAAAAACAUCAAGAGAGAUGAUCAGCAGGGUAAUGUACUGUAAUGUUUUUGGUUGGUUGAAAAACAAACAGACUGCUGCAUUUUGAGUCAUCUGCAAAGGUUAGACUCUGCACACAGGGAGGCCUGCCAGUAAGGAGUUGCAGUCAUUAGCACGAUAUAAAUGAGGCCACAUGAACUUGAGAGGUAAGCUGGUCAUCAGUCAUGACAUGCAGAUUGUUGGCAGACUUAGACACAGGAGACAGGAAGCUCAGUUUUGAAGAGGUACAGUUAAAUACAAAUAAAAAGAUAUAUAAAUAUUACAACUAUCAUUAACUGUGUUUGUGUUGUGUCAAAGAGCAAUCACACCCACUUUGAUGUACUAUUUGUGGAUUAAAGGGAAAAGUUUGAUUCAUUUUAAUACCAAAAACAAACUUUUAAUGUCCAAAUGGUGCAUAUUUUCACAAAAAUAAGGACCUUUAUCAUCAACAAUGAAUAAUUCAGUUGAUUUAUAUGGAACCUAAUAUUUUUUCAUGCUUUUCAAGGGGUGAGAACAGUUAAUUCAUGAGGACACAAUCUAAUGAUAAUUAUUUUCACUGUCUGGUUGCCAUGUAUUUAUUUAGUUUUACGUCUAACCUCUGAGCUGCUCUGCAUUUAUAUAACUUCAAAUUUUCACUCCCACCUUCUCCUCCUCCUUCUCUCCUGCAGAUCGGCCCCUUCCCUCUCUGACUCUGACUCCCAGCAGCAGCCAGGUCUUCAGAGGGGAGCGUUUCACUGUGCAGUGCCCCAAGUUUCAGGCCAACUCCUCCAAUUGGACGCUGAGAAGCUUCCCUGCUGGCACAGCAGUAAGGAGAGGAGUCUUCCACACUGACCAAUGUUCACCACUAGGGGGAGCUGUUAGUGCAGACAGACCUGACUCUUGUGAGUUCACUGCUGGGAGCGAGAACAGUGGACUGUAUUGGUGUGAGGGAUCUGAGGGCCGCAGCAACGCAAUCAGCAUCACAGUGAGCUGUGAGUUCAUAAAGACAGUCAGAGUGUUAAGUGUUACUUACAGGUUAAAAAUACAAAUGUUAUAAGUAAAAUUUAAGAGCCAGAUUGAAAAAAACUGAUCAGGAUCCAGAGUUGACUUAAUGUAGGAAAUUUCUGGUGUUGGUUAAAAGACCUCAGCAUCCCACAAAGUGCUCAAAAUAUAUCUUUCACAUAUUUUCCCUUUAUAGCGUGAAAAAGAGGACAACUGCAACAGAAAGAAUCUCGUUUUGUUUUUUAUUGAGAUGAUAAAACACUGAACAUGAGGAAGGUGGGAGAGAAAGUAUAAAUGUUAAGUGGAAAAAGUUGCAGCUAAGAGUCAAACCCAGGUUGCUCACUUUGAGGACUACAGCUUCUGUGAAUGGGAUGUGUUAUUUAACCAUUUGAUCAAACAGAGGCCCAGAAGCAGUUUCACAUUACAAGCCGACAUGAACUUCCUUUUUACUAUGCAGACAUGUGCAUAUGAUGGCUGUUGUGUGUUACCUGUAGCUGUAGCUGUACCCAUCCUAAAAAUGAACACUAGUAGACAUAAAAUGCAGCGUGCACAUGAACAGUAGGGACGGUGUGGAGGCAGGGGGGUUGUUACAGACUAACUCUAAAAGGCUGAUGCAAAAAUAAAUAAAUAAAUAAAAAUACAAAAGGUAGAAAAAUUGAGAAAUAGAUAGAUGGAUAAAUGUAUGAAUAGACAGGUGAUUGGCUGGCUGGCUGAAUGGAUGGAUGGAUGGAUGGAUGGAUGGAUGGAUGGAUAAUUUGCAAGAUGGAUGGAUAAAUAGAAGGAUAGAUAUACAGAUGAAUGGAAAAUUGGAUAAAAGAUUGGUGGAUAAAUCAUUAGAUGAAUGGAUGAAUUGACAGAUGCAUAAAUGGAUGGACUGAUAGAUGAAUGAUUAAUAAAUGGGUGGAAAGAUGGAUAGACAGAUAGGUGGUUGGAUGGAUGAGAAAUAAAAAGCCAGACAGAUUUAGUGAUUGAUGGCCAAAGAGAAGGAUAGAUAGAUGGAUUGAUGGAUGGAUUGAUGGGCAGAAAAAUGGAUUAAUGGAUGGAUAAAUGGACUGAUGGAUUGACAGAUAGAAGGAUUGAUUGAUGGAUGGUAGAUGGAUAAAUGGAUGGGUGGAUGGACAGAAGAAUGGAUGGAUGGAUAGAUGGAUAAAUGGACUGAUGGAUAGAUUGAUGGGCAGAUGGAGGGGUGGAUGGAUGGUAGAUGGAUAAAUGGAUGGGUGGAUGGAUGGAUGAUGGGAUGGAGGGGUGGAUGGAUGGAUGGACAGAUGGAUGUAUUAAUUAGUAGAUCGACGGAGGGGUGGAUGAAGGGGUGGAUGGAUAAUGGGAUGGAGGGGUGAAUGGAUGGGUGGAUGAACGGAGGUAUAGAUGAUUUGACGGAUAGCUGAUGGAUAGAAAAGAGAAGAUAUAUGAAUGGACAAAAGUAAAUUUUGUUUGAUUGAUUGAUGAGGCAACAGAUGAAUGGUUGGAUGGAAUUAAAGGGAUGGCUAGAUGAAUAGAUGGACAAAAGAACAGAUGAUUGGAUGAGCUAAUGGAUGAAUAGAUGUAUUAAUGUAUGGAUUUUUUGGAUGGAUUAAUAGAUGGAUGGACAGACUGAUAGGCAGAUGGAUGGAUGUCAGUGUUGUGGUCAUGUUACAUGUGUGUAUAAAGCAAAAGUAAAGAAACGAUAGCGUAGCUUUAACUCCAUCUGCUUUCUUCCUCUCACAGUCGGCUCCAUCAUUCUCAGGUCCCCGGCUUCCCCUGUACUCCAGGGUGAUACAGUGGAUUUGUACUGUAAGUUCUGGACAGCAAACAACGGAAAAACCAUCUUCUUUAAAAAUGGAGUCGAAAUCAUGACCUCCAUGGGUUCCAGAUCACACAGAGAGAUGAAGAUGAGGAUUGAGAAUGUGACACAGGAGGAUGAAGGUUUCUACAAGUGUGCAUCCGGAGACAGACGCAUGGAGAGUCUAGAGAGCUGGUUAUCAGUGCGGCCUGACGGAGGUCCGCUGUGAAGAUUCACAUCAUUUGAAAGCAUAUAUUUAUCUUUCUGAUUAGUGUAAUAUCAGAAUGCAUUAAGUUAAAAUAUAUUUUUAUUUUUAUAGGAAACAUCACAGCAACAGACAGGACAGCGGCCUCCAGUGGUAGGAUUUUCAUGCUGCUAAUGUUAACCAUCUUUUCAAGGAUACAUCAUGGUUAUAUUAAAUAAAUUUAACAAACACAACCCACUCAUGCCUUGAUGAAAAGGAGAAGUGUUAAAUGAGGACCCCACCUUGAUCCUGAGGCUUUUCUUUAUUAUAAAGUUAAGAAGCCAACCAAAUAACUCUUGGCGGCCACUGAAAGGUGGUCUGGUAACCUCCCCCUCUCAUGCAAGGAGAAUCAAACACCAGAAUAACAGAGAAAAAUAAGACCUGUGUGAGAGACUUAUUUACUACUUUUGUCCCAGCAGCUUAUAGGAAUAAGGUCAUUCCACAAGUGCAUAUUAAAAAUUUUCCAACACAACUAGGGCUCUAUUUUUCGUGCCCGCUGGUGGCGCAGUGGACGGUGGCGCACCCCGUGCAGUGGUAUUUUCGUCUGGCGGAGCCCGGCACACAGCCAGUUUAGUAUUUUUGUAGACUGAGGCCCGCUGAGGUGCGCAAAGCUGGGCGUGGUGGUGCAGUAGGGGGUGUUGACAGAAUCCGCAGCGACAUUUUCGUGCUCGCCAGCGGGGUACAAAGCCAACGCAACUGGUCUAGUGGUAUUUUGUUAGACCGGCAGCAUAGUCCGCAUACGUUACCAAUGCCUCAUUGGCAGGUUUCCACAGUGUCAGGCACAUUUCAGUGCAAUAAAUAAUCAACAACAACCAAUAUUUAGUGCAACUAUCUGAGUCAGCACAUACAUUUAGAUCUAUAUCAAUAUAUUUGGAUCUAUAUCUUAUCUGAUGAGUGCGUUUGGCAUGUGUUUGGACACUCAACCUGACUGAAUCAACACAGCUGAAACUACAUUAAAUUACAUUUUCAGUAAACAGUCACACAUUAUGAAGUUAACAAGAUAUUUAAUUUGUCUCCCCCUUUUUCUCCUUCUUCCUUGCGCAGCUCAACCGGACAUGUCUCUGUGUCCUCUCCCCGUCCUGCUGCUGCUGCAGCAGCAAGGCUGACCAGAUGAUUUAUUUUAGUGAUCAGAUGAGUUAUUUACUUGGAAAAUUUCUACAAAAAAUAAAUGAAUGAAACUUUUAUUCAAAAUUACCUGUUUAUCUGAUGUUCUCACAUCCUUAAAAUUCUGUAAAUAGUGACACUUGUUGAGGGGCUGCCUUCUGUCACCAUCAUGUGGCGUUGCUGUCUUCAGCCACCUCUGGAUCUCUUUGAAUACGUCACAAAAAUUGUAUUACACCUCGCCAGUGGUGGAUUUAAAGGUGAGGAGAGGAGCUGAUGUGAUUGGUGAAAACAGGUCUCGUGUGUUGAACCCACUCCAUGCCUUCUCUCCUCCCUCUCUACUACUUACGCUGGGCUGCGCCACUCACCAAAAUACCAAAGUGUGCUUGGGCACGCCUUAUCGGCGUGGGGGACCUGACUUACGCUGUGCCUGCGCCACGCCACCAGGGAGGCAUGAAAAUAGAGCCCAUAAUUUCCUAGUUAUUUGGAAGAAUUUCCAAUCUAUGACCGGCUUGUAGGUAAAACUCAAAAACACAAGAGCUAGCAUGGGAUCACAGCAUCUGCAGAUGAAAGAAAUUAAAUUGGUUGGCUGAGUGUGGCUUAUGUUAGCAGAGCUAGUCUCACCUGUCCUCCUUGCAGGUUUGUGUCCUGAAUGAAGCAUAUAUACAGCUCUCUAUUUUUGAUAUCAAAAUACUGACAAACCAUACAGUGCUACAUCUGGGAUUGUUUACAUCCAGAUAGUUGAGCAUCAUAUAGAAGUAAUCACCAUUUUAAAUAGUAACAGAUAUCUGCAGCUUUGACACCGUGAAUGACCAGAAUUUCAGGCCUGAAAUAAUAAAAACAUUGACUUGUUUUACCAACCAGUGAAUUUAACUGGCAUCAACAAGCAAGGUUGGCAUCAUUCAUCAUUAAGCACACAUCCCCAGUACAGUUUGUAAAGCUCUGCAAAAGUUUUUCUGGCCCCAAAACCUCUGAUAUUCCAACUAACUCUAAUUGGAAAAAAUUUCAUCACCCCUAUUUUAACUAGUUUGAAUUAUAACAUUUUUCAAACCCAUGUCUAAUCAAUUUUUGUCUCUUUUUUUGUCAUUUGUUCUGAAAAAAUAGGCAAACUGUUUUUCAUACAAAUAUAUAGCAUAAUUCUGCAUAUGUAAACAUGGUGGAUUUGCCCUCUACAGAAAAGGGUCUCUGUAUGCAUUGACACAAACUCAGAAAACGGGUGCUUAAUUAUUGUUUGCCAAUUUUUUCCAAGACAAUGUGAAGGGACAGACAGUUUCUAAAUUGUGUCCAAGUUGUGAUAUUCGGCUGUCAGUUUCACUAAAUAAUAGGACAUCAGCAUGUGUUUUAAAUCUUAAACAUAGAAACUGCUUGGUGCUCUAUUUGAAGGUGUGACUGCAGCUUUUAAUAAGAAAAUAGACCUCAGGUUAAUGUGUCGUCUUGUAUCACAUGUUUGUCAUUAUUUCACCAGACUCUUGGAUAUGGAUCACUGUUUUGUGUGGACUUUUACUUCUGCUGCUCAUUUCUCUUGCUGUUUGGCUCAUUCAUCAUUACAGGUAGGUUACAGUAUCUAUCACAUCAUCAUCAGCUUGGUUUUCACUUUUCAUUUUUGGUUUGCAUGCCAUGAAAAUAAUAUUAAGGCUCACAUCACAAAUCAAACAGACUGCUAUGAUUUUUUUCCCUUACUUUUGCUUGUAUGGAAAGGUAUCAGAUGUUUUGCACUCGCAGCUGUUUGCCUGUCCCCAAAGAGGAGCCUCCUGCUGUGGGGCUUCCUGCAACCAAACAGGACGUUACAGAGGUACAGUGGGAUCUGUCCUGGAUGGAGAUGACCAACCUGCUAGAUAAACACUUAUAUCCUGGAACCUAAAGGGUCACUUCCACACCAAUUGGUGCUGCUUCUGCCACAAAUUCAGACAUUUUUAUUAAGAUGUUGGCAUCUCUUCCCCAGUAUAAGAACCCCUAAGGAGUACCCCAAGGAACUGUUCUUGGCCCACCGUGUUUUUAUUUGUAUUUCAAUAUUUUUACCUAAGUUUCUUUUUUAAAUUUUUUUAUUUUUUGCUUUUGAUUUCUUUUUCACUAAUGAUGUUAAUCUCUGAACUCCAUACUUCCCACUGUUGGUGAAAUGUUUUUAGAAUAUGUUGUGUUUGUACUUUGAAGAUAUAUUUGUAUGGAUCUGAUUAAACUUUAAAGAUUGCUGCACACUUUUGGAUAUCUUUCGGUGUUUCUUCUUUAAAUGCAAUUUUCCAUUUUGUUAAAACUCCCAGCUUUGUUGACCAAAAGCAGCUCAAGCCCCCCACCGUCACAUCUGUGUAUCACAUCAGUCAUGAAUCCACUCUAAAAUAAACCAAUAAGGAGUCCUCAGCUUUGUAUGAUCAGCCUUGAGCUCUGUCAGAGAGAGAGUGCACAGCACAACUCUGUGCAGAUGCGGCCAGCUCAUUCCAAAAUCAGAUGUAAAAUGAGCAAACGGCCCAGAGCUGCAAAAUUUUGUGUGCAUUUUUUUGUGCUUGAAAAUCAUUGGGGCAGAAUACUUUGCCCACUGGAGACAAAGCAGAUAAGAGUAAAAUAAGAACAUUUUUCCUUGCUGUUAACACAACAACAAUACACUUACUGAUAUUUUUCUCCUCAAUUUUUUUUCUGCUACCGUUUCCUCCUAUACACAUAAUUUAACAUUUUUGUGAGACAUCGACACAAAACAUAUUCCAGAAACUCAAACAAAGACUCAAAAUAUGCAGUAAGACCCCAAAAAGUACAUAGAAAAGAACGAGGAGGUGACAUCAAACAAGUGAACCAGUAAAUCAAUCUUGGCUUUAAUUGUUAUAAACCUGUGUUUUGUAUAAAAUAAGCAAAGUCAAAGUUUGUCAAGACUGUUAGAGCAACUGAUAACUCCACAGGCUCCUCUUGAAAUCAUUUACCUAAUUUACAAGUUUUACAGAGAGUAAAUGAACAGCUUUGAAAGUUGUUUGCUGCUAAAAAAAGCUUGUAGGUGUAAUCAGAGAAAUUUAGAGUACAAAGAUAAUUAUAGUUAUCACAGAGGUAGCUACAGCUGGUAUUUAGAUUUCAUCCUCGAUUAGUCAUUACAAGAAGCCGAAACAAGAUCUGUAUCUUUUUGCGAAAACACUAUGACUGAGACCAAGAGAAACCCCCUAACUCAGUCUUGACUUCUGUUUGCUCCAGGAAGUUCCUCCUCCUGUCAAACAGUGGUCAGGAUGAAACCACACCCCUUGAUAUAUGAGAAAGAGUUCCUCCUUAUUCUUAGUUCAACACUGUGCAGGCUGGCUGUAACAGAUUGUGUAAAUGUCUGUUUUCUUACAAUUUCUUUACCUGAAAAUGGACUCUGUGAGCUGACACUUGAUGAAUCCUCUUCAGAUUUCAGGUGGUAAACAUUUGCUGAGAAAAAAGACUGCCUAAAAAAUGGAGAAAAACCUUGGUGAGUAAAAACAGUAAUGUAGAGUAACUCAUGUCUACAUCAUGUAAACUACUUACAGGUUACAUAAAAAAGGUUGCAUGAGGAGACUAGGGUUUAGUAGUUUGGUUUUUUUUAAUUUUUCUAAAGCUUAAUUAAUGUUGAUUGUUCAUGUGUUUCUGUUGAUUUGAUUUGUAAUCUUUUGCAGCGCCUUAUGUUGAUUACUAAUAUUGUGUGGAUUUUUAAAGCCAUGUAUUCCUUUAUAUCAAUUUUGUAGAUUUGAAUAAACUAAGGUGUAGAGGGGUUAACUAUGAGGGUCCAAACAGGCAUUCUGAAAACAUUAACAUUGAGCGCAGACACACACAAAAAAUAUCCCACACCUCUGACAUGAGUUGCCUGUAAUCUAGAAUGAUUACAUUCUUCCAGGCCAAAACCAGUCCAACGGGAAAGCUUUGAGUCUCAAAGGAUAUGAAAACUUCUCGUCAAGUGUUUUAGAUCCUUUCCGGGAAGUUGUUUUAUCCUCGGCACAUAAAUGCCAGUCUUUAAAUCAACAGGGAAGACAGAAGAAGAGCCUUUCUGCACGUAAUUAAUACAUUUUAAUGUGGAACAGAUUUGACUGUUAGAGGAAAGCAGGGUGAGAUUUCUGGUCAGACAACAAAGCCAUGGCAUGUGCAGAAUAAGAUUAGACUACUAUUCGUCUUUGGGGGAAGAGCCCUCAUCAACUCAAACAACAAUUUAACAGAAACUUGCAUCACAGGCAAAUCAGGUAACACAUUUUAUUCCCACAUUCUGUCGUUUUCUUUUGGUAAAACCUAAUGUCACAUAACUUCCCAACUCACCAGCCAAGGUUAACAAAUAACAUGGUAUUCACCCUUUUAUCAAUAUGGAACUCAACCAUUAUUACACUCUUUAGCUACUGCAAACAGACACCAUGGGAUUUCGACAUUUGCACCAGCUGAAACAUAUUUCUAUUACUCCUGGGAUAAAGUGAAAACAGGCCCACUGACCGGAGUAAAACGUUAUCUUUGACUCUUUAUAAAGAAACAAAAUAAGAAAAAGGCACAACUAAACAAAGAAACCCACGUCGAAUCUAAAUGUUAUCUAUUAUAAGAUGAGACUAGUCUCCUUCAAGUUGAUACUUGAUCAUUCAACACGUGUCUGGUUUCAGGACUAUUCUUGUUUGUCAAAAAGUUAGACAAUCAAAUUGAUUGCUGAAAGUAAGGGUUAAAAAAGACAAAGGGUCGUGGAGGUACUACACAAUCAAUGAAAAUAAAAAUCAACAAGACAUAUGACAAUAAUGAAUAUUCACUGGGAUGUCAAAUAUGUAUUCAUUAAAAUUCAAUUAAUCACAGAAUUUAAACAGGUAAUUCCAGUCACUGGAAUUUUUAUUGCAUGUUUUUAUUUUAUAUUUCAAAAAUCAACUUGUUUGAAAUAUAAAUAUUUCUUGAAAAUAGAGCCCUUAGUCUCUGAUCCCGACCUCCCAAGCGGACUUUGGGUGAGAAAGGCCCCUUCGACUUAUUGUCCAUAUAAAUGCUGCACUGCUACACCAGUGUGGUCUGAAACCAGCGACAGCUUUGGAGUGUUUAUUUUGUCAAACACACUGUUUACUUUUUAUCCUUUUUUUAAAACCAAGAUUUACUUUGGGGCUUUCAGGGCUUUAUUCAUUGAGAACAGGGCAGUGGAUAGAGCAGGGAGCAAGGGACGAGAGCAGGAAGUGUUAUGUAGUAAAGGGGCCACAAGCUGGAUUCAAACCCAGGUCACCCCUAUUAUGGGGCAUGCUUUGACUGCUAGGCCAACAAUGAUCCCUGGUUACUGUAAUAGAAUUUGCACAAUGUAGGAGUUCUAGUUCAGUUGCUUUCUUUUUCAAGUUUCAUCCACGGGUCUGUGGUGAUCUCCGACUCCAAAAUAGUGCCUGAGUUAAAGUCAAAGGUGAAACUGAAACUCAGCAAUACUUAAAUUCUGUUUGAUGCAAAGUAAAGAUUAUUUAUGAUUUGCUAUCUAGGAGUUUAAAAGAGUAAAAUGUGCAAAAUGUGGGUUUUGGCCAGUGUCAUAGACCACACUUUCCUUGGACACCAAGUCUUCCUCUUAUGUUUUUUCAAUGGUUUUAACUUGAGUCACAAUCAGAAAGACUAGGAUGUGACUUUCACUUCAGCUGAUAUGUCUCCACAGUUUCUCCAGUCAAGGCUAGGUAUAACACAAAAAUAAACCAACUUUUAAAAUUUGAGUGCUGUCAGUAGUAUUGACUAGUAUUUUUCCCUGUCACAUUUAUGAUACACAACUCAUGAAACUUGUGAAAGUGACAGAUGACUCACUCUCUGCUUAUUUUGUUGCGCUCAUUUGUAGGCUCUUUUUACUUGCCUCUGGACAUAUUGUUUGUGCCAUAGUCAUCCAAAAAUAUUUUUCCUGUUGUGGUCUGUCUCACAUGUCUGGAAUUAUAUGAACUCUCAAGUAAAAGAGAUUAAUAGAGUCAAAAAUAACUCUGACAGAAAGUCCCCCAGGAAAAACACAAGCAGGUGAGUCUCAUUCUUCUGUCAGUCAUGGGACACCUGAAGUGAUAACCUUGUCUAACUACUUUAGCUGAUUCCACACCAAAACUGACUGAAUGCUCCUCAGAAUCUUCUUCUGACUCCAUUUUUAUAAAGUUUUCCUUCUUGACAAUUAUAACAAAAUGCAGUAUCGUCCUGUCCAGAGAACAUCUCCACAAAGGUCUCAGUUUUGUGACCAACCAAUAGUUUCAAGAUGAUGUAAGUUUCUGGUAACAAUGCCAAACUUGUAACUUGUUGACAGGGAUUAGUGAUGAACUAACGCAUAACAACUCCUGCAACAGCAGCCUUUCAUCUGCUUGUGGUGAGUCACAGUUUCACUGUAAAUAAGUGGGCAUGACAUCGGCAGUACAAACCGAAAAUGAUAAUUUUCUCAGUCAUGUAGUUUAUUGCUUUAACUGUGACCAUGAUGUAGGUUAAUAAAAAGUCAAGCUUUUUCUUUCUUCAAGAAAAGAAAACUUUUAAAAUGUUUGCUUUUUGAAUGGAGUUCACGUCCAUCCUUUCUGAUGCAUUCAGCGAAGUCAGGAAAUCUAAGCACUGAUUGUCCACAGUGACCCGGCAUUGAGCAGAUCAGUGUCUCGGUGUAAAUGUUUGAUUGAGAAGAGAUUAUCAGUUGACUUACUAUUAGAAAGAAAUAAAUCCUCAUGAAGUGGGAGUUGGGAUGUCAUUAUGGUAGAUUGCAUUCUUCCCGCUUUUGCUCUCCAUACAGACUGUUUCUCCUGCAGAUACCCAAGUCUGUCGUACCUGAUAAGUCAACACUUUGACUGCAAAACAGAAACAAAAAAACUUCUCAGACUAUAAACCAAACCCUGAGGACAUAUUCUACAUUUUAAUUCAAACAUUUUGGCAACAAAGAUGAGCGGAAACAUGAGAUUUUGGUUAAAUGGUCUUUGUGUUCAUAUUUGGUCAAUUUCUACUUUGUCUUUUAGGAGUAAAAGAGCACUUCACCCUGCAAGAGGUAAGAGUCAUCCUGAUUGGACGGAGAUGGGCAGGUAAGAGCUUAUCUGGAAACACCAUCCUGGGGUGGAACAGAUUUGAGUGUGGACGCACCAGGACGACUGAGUCUGAGGCGAGACAUGAGAAAGUGGACGGCAGGCACCUUGUUGUGGUCGAUGCUCCUGGAUGGAACAGCUCACACUCCCUGAACGAAACCUCACAGAGGGAAAAACAUGGGUUGAAACUCAAUGUGUCCAAAUGUCCGCCAGGUCCACAUGUCUUCCUGUUGGUGAUUCCCAUUGACUCAGCCUUCUGUACAGAGCAGAAGAAGAUCCUGGAGGAGCAUAUGAAGCUCCUGGGGGAGCGGGUGUGGAAGUACUCCCUAGUGCUGUUCACCUGUGGGGAUUAUCUUGGAGGGAGAACGAUCGAGCAGCACAUCGAGAGUGAGGGCAACGCUCUCAGGUGGUUGGUUGAGAAAUGCGGGCACAGGUACCAUGUGUUCGAUAACACGAAGAGGAAGAACUCAUCUCAGGUGACAGAGCUGUUAAAGAAGAUAGAUGAGAUGGUGUGGUACAACAACGGCAGUUAUUAUGAGGUAGAUGAGCAAACACUCAACAUCAUCAAAAAGAAGCAACAAGAAGUGACUGAGAGAGCGGACCAAAGACAAAGGAGGGCCGAGGAGCAAAGACAGAAAAUGGAGAAACUUAUUCCAGGUGAAACAAAUGCCUCCUGUGAUUUCAGAGUCCUACAGAAUGAAAAGAACAGUAUUGUAAGACAGUCCUUUAAAGAUGGUCUAAAUGCAUGACUGAAGCAUACUGGAGUGUUAAGAUAUAAUUUAGGCACCUACAAUGUGCCUGAAUUGUACAAAUUAUACCAGAAAGAGAUAUUCCAGCGUAAUUUAAGUUAUGGCCAAACACACUGUAACACUGAGUCAGGCAGCCCCUCAAGAGAUGAAUGUUGCUGACCGCUUGCUUCUAUAGUUUUGCCAAAUUCAGCAACGGCCACACAACAGCAAUACACAGCAGUUGAUAUCUCCACGCACAAAACCUCAACCAAAAUGAAUAUAUGUGUAUAUAUAUAUAUAUAUAUAUAUAUAUAUAUAUAUAUAUAUAUAUAUAUAUAUAUAUAUAUAUAUAUAUAUAUAUAUAUAUAUAUAUUGUAUAUAUAUAUAUAUACAUAUAUAUAAAGUAUCUAGUAAAACAUCUAAAAAUGAUAAACUAUUUUUAAUUCUCCAGAGUUUUACUAGUAUUUAAAACCACUAGUUUUCUACCAACUCACCCUACUCAUCUUAUUUUGAAUCAAAGACACAUUUGUUAAACCUUGGUAAGAGCAACAAUUGCCUAAAACUAUGAACUUAUGACUGCAUUGAUAUAUUUUUGUUGCUUAUUAAAUGAUUAGGUGAAUUGCUCAGGCAGAGGUAGUUUGGAAACUUUAAUAAUCCUAAUUAAUGUCUGAAAACCCAAUGACACAUCCAGAUUUAUUCUGUCUCGCAGUAGAUAUGAAAGCCAUCCCGAAGCUGCAGAUCAUUCUCUUGGGAAGCAGAAACGUUGGAAAAACCUUGUUGGGAAAUGCCAUCCUGGGAAUAAAAGAGCACGAAGAUGGAGAGAGAACAGCGCACUCAGUAGCCCGGCACGGUUGUGUGGGAAAAACGGAGAUAACUCUUGUUGACACACCAGGUUGGUGGAAAGGUUUCCUGCUGUGCAACACUCCUGCAGCAAUCAAGGAGGAACUGAUGCGCAGCAUGUUUCUGUGUCCCCCUGGGCCUCACGUCUUCCUGCUGCUGAUAAACUCUGAUGCAUCUUUUACUGCCAGACACUUAAACACAGCGAAGACACACAUGGAGCUUCUGGGAGAGGGAGUGUGGAGUCACACCAUUGUAGUUUUCACCAGAGGAGAGUGGUUGGGAGCACAUAGCAUUGAAGAGUUCAUUGAAGGUGAAGGAGAAGCCCUCCAGUCUCUGGUUGACCUGUGUGGAAAUAGAUAUCAAGUCAUUGAAAGCAAAAAUGCAUAUGAUGGCACUCAAAUCACAGAGCUGCUGGGGAAGGUCACUGCUACACUGGCUGCAAAUAACUGGGGCCAUUUUGUCCCUGAUGAGAAGAUAUAUACCACCAUUGAAGAAAAAAGAAAAAGAGUGGAGGAAGGAGCAAAACGGAGGCAAAGCUUCAUCAAGGCCAAAUCAGAUACCCUCAAAGGUAUGAAACAAUCACUCACUGUUAGAGUCACAAUCUGGUGUUGUUAGAGUAGUUUCACAAGGAAUAACAAGGGGUAAAAGUAAGAAUAAUAGAGAACUAUAAACUGUCAGGAGAGUUUUACUGAUGCAUUUGGUACAUUGGGACUGAUUAAGUCUGUUUGCAUGGUGGACAAUUGAUCAGACAACAAAAAAAUCAUUGUAAUAAAUUAUGUUUUUGUGUUCUGUUCUCCACCUAAAGGUGAAAAACUAUUAUUAAAGCCACUGUCUUCCACUAAAUUCAGUUUCCUUUUAACAUGGUCAUUUUCACCUAACUCGAUAUCUGCCUGCCUCCAAUGAUGAACACACUAGCAUUUCUGGAGUUGGUGCAACAAUGAAGGCAUACUGUGUUUACCAUCAGUUGAUUAGUUUUCCUGAAAAAAGGAGAAGGAUCCAAACUCUACUCUUACAGAGUUAGAUGGACUGUAGACAGUUUGAAAAAAGAACAUAUGACCUUUGUACGUUUUAAAUAUUCACUGGAUCUUUGUGGAUAUAAAGUGUUAUGUGUUGUCAUAUGGUUCAAAUCAUUUUCCUAACUAGGGUUGUUGGGGAGAAGACCGUCAACAGGUUUUUAACUUGAAUGUUGAUCUUGAUUAUUAUUUACAUCUGGUUGGACCAACAGAACUAUCUGAGACCUGAACCAGCUUCAAAAACCCUCUGAUCUGAGCUCUCCCAACACACUAUGUAUUUUAUGGCAAAUUAAUGCAAUGCAAUGGCAUGACAUUUACCAUGAUGUCUACUUGACACUAGUAUCCCAAAAGAAGACAUCCCGGGGGUUUAAACUGGUGUUAAAAUGGUGUAAACCCAAGCUGAACAAAGUUACAUGUCUGACAAUUAUUUGUCACCUUAUUGUAUCAUGAGUAGACAUAUUUACUUUUGUAAUUUAAUGCUAUAUAGUGCCAGUGGCACAUAAGAAAACUGGCUAAAAGACAGGGUCUGUAAAUGCUUAUGGUGGCUACCUACAGCUUCAUAAAUAAAAGCAAUUUGCUAAUACUGAUAUUGCCACAUUUGAGAAGUAUGCACUGAGCUGGUAUUUGAUCUGAUAUGCUUUUUCCCUCUUUAAUGUUUUCUUCUCAGGUUCAAAGAAUAAAUUACAAGACAUAAGGAUAAUCAUGCUCGGCCAAAAGACAGUUGGAAAGAGUGCAACAGGAAAUAACCUCCUGCGUACAGAGGUGUUCCCCAUCUCUCAGAACGAGCAGUGUCACAUGAAGAAAGCAAAGGUUGCUGACAGAGUGAUCACAGUGAUUGACACCCCUGGCUGGUGGAUGAAUCCCUCCAUUGGCACUGAAGAGAUUGACAGGGAAAUAGUUAGAGGUAUGUCCUUGAGUCCAGUGGGGGUUCAUGCAGUUCUGGUGGUCAUCCCUGUGGACCUGACAUUCAGAGAACCUCAACAGGCUGCCUUGGAGGAACACAUGAGUCUCUUUGGUUCCAGUGUCUGGAAGCAUGCCGUUGUUCUGUUCACAUAUGGCGGAAGACUAGUGGAUAAAUCAGUAGAGGAGCACAUUGAGAGGGAGCAUAGUGCUCUACAAUGGUUAGUAGACAAGUGUGAAAACAGGUAUCAUGUCAUGAACAAUACAAAGAAAAAUGAUACCACUCAGGUCAUUGAGCUGAUUGAGAAGCUCGAGGAAAUGGUGGCAGGAAACAACGGCCGGUUAUUCUGUCCAGAUGAGAACGACAUCCAGGAGAAACUGGCGAAGAAGAUCCAAGGGAGGCAGAUCAGACUGGUGCUGAAGCAGGUCUUUGAGGAAGAGUACAGAAAGAGGGAGCGGAAUCUGUAAGUGGGCUUCAGGAAUACACUUCUUGAGCUACAAUCUGACAUCAAGGAAAGUGAAUCGGGCAUUGCACCAAAAUCAUCAAGUAAGUAUCAUACAAUAGCAAGGCUGAUUGUUUUUUUUUUAACUGUUUUGGUGGGUGACCAAAUAGGUGAACUGGGAGACAGCCCAAUAGAGGCAGUAGUACAGUUCAAUAGGUACAUCCUCAUUAAUUAUCUUAACUUUAAUCUCCUCUUUUUGUUGAUUGAUUUUCAGUUCUUGACCUCAGCCGAAUAAAAAUCAAGGGCAUUCGUCAGAGCAAGAGAGACGAGAAGGAGGAAAACCUGGAUGCCAAGAUCAGCCAAGAAAUUGAAAACCUGAACAAGGACAUAAUGAGAUCCACAGCUCUCCUGGACAGCAGCAUGGAAUUCUUGAUUCCAGACUGUAAAGAAUUUUUUUACUUUAAUCCCUUGUUUGAACAGCAGUGAUCAGCAUGAUGUAACAGACUUUUUUUUCUCUCUGUUUAAUUUACAGUUAAAGAAGAGGGUCCAGAAUCAACUACUCCUCCGUCUUUGUCCAACAGAAGGUCUUCAAAUGGCCAAAUGGAUAAAGUUCUGGAUUGGCUGUCCAAAAUUCAGAUCAGCACAAAUGCUGACAACCAGCUGACCCUCAACUUUUCUCAGUCAUCAGGAUACAGAUCAAUGCAGCUCACUGACCACCAGGACUGUCAAAUGGAAGCAGAUCUUAAUGAAUGA